AUGGCGGACGCCGAGUCGGGCCGUGCUGCUCGGUUCUCUUGUCCUCCCAACUUUGCGGCGAUGCCCCCAGCCUCAGAGCUCCCUCGUUUUUCCUUGGAGGCUCUGAUGGGCCCAGAUACGGAACUAUGGCUCAUCCGGGCCCCUGCGGACUUCACCCCAGACUGCCUCAACGGGCGGCUCGUGCCUCUCUCUGGCUCCCGGACUGUGAAGGGCAAGUUGGCAGGGAAGCGGCACCGCUACCGAAUCCUCAGCAGCAGCGGCCCCCAGGCUGGAGAAGCCACCUUGCUGGCCCCCUCAGCCGAGACGGAUGGUGGACUGACGUGUGCCCCUGCCCCCCAGGGCAGCCUAAGGAUCUUUGAAGGACCCCAACAAUCCCUGUCAGGGACGCUUCUGCAGCCCAUUCCAGCCAGUCCCCGACCCCAGAUCCCCCCUGGCCUGAAGCCUCGGUUCUGUGCCUUUGGAGGCAGCCCCCCAGUCACAGGGUCUGGGUCAGCCUUGGCCCUGAAGACAAUGGCCUCUGGGAAGAGGAAAAAGAAAAGGCAGGUGCCAGAGGCCUCAGUCCCACAGGAGGCAGUGAACGGGCACGGAUCCCUGGAGGUGGACACAGCUCUGGGGUCCCCAGAGAUGAGUGUGGGGAAGAAGAAAAAGCAGCAGCUGAUAGAACCGGAGGUGACAGAGCCACUAGCGACAGAGCCUGCAGCUGAGAUGCUGGAGCCCCUGGAAGUGCCAUUCCCACCCACUACCAAGAAGAGGAAGAAGCAGCUCAGAGGGGCAGAAGUGGUCAAACUAGAAAUGGGGAUGCCAGAGCCACAAGAAAAGACAGUGGAGCUGGAACUUGUGGUUAAAACCGAGCCUCUGGAAGAGACACUCCUCUUCCCCACCAAGAAGAGGAAGAGGCAGAAGGGGAUGGAAGGGAUAGAGCCGGUGGAGGAGAUGAUAGUUGAUGGUCCACUGCAGGUGAAGGUGGAGCCACAAGAGGAAGCCAUCCCACUGCCCUCCAUGAAGAAGAGGAAAAAAGGAAAGGGGUACAAAGUGAUGACGGAACCAGGGACUGAAGGUGUGGAGCCAGAGAUGAGACCUGUGGAGCUCCACGGGGAGAUGAUGAAGCCUGAACUGCCAGAUGACAUUGAGCCUCCAGCCGAAGCAGCUCCUCCGGCUGAGGCAGCUCCGGCAUCUAUCAGAAAGAGGAGGAAGAAAGAAAAGUGGCAAGAAGUGAUGAUGGAGCCAGAGGCAGAGCCACAAGGCGAGGUGGUGGCACCUAAGCUGCCAGGUGACACGGAGCCUCAGGCGGCUCUGGCAUCUACCAAGAAGAGGAAGAAAGAAAGAGGGGAUAAGGUGAUGGAGCCAGGGACUGAGAGGAUUGACCCGCAAGGGCAGAUGAUGGAGCUUGGGCUGCAGGAUAAGGGUGAGCCUGAGGCCCAGGCAGCUCCGGCAUCCACCAAAAAGAAGAAGCGGGGCCGGGAGAGUGGGGGACCAGAGAUGGCACCCCAGGAGAAGAUGCCAGAGCUGCUGCUGAAUUUGGAGCCUGGGGAGGUGGCCACAGGAGGACGGGAGAAGAAGCGGAAGAAGUACCUGCAGCAGGAUCCUGUGUAG